AUGCUCCUGGUGUCUGCAAAUCCCUCUGACUUUCCUGUUUGUUUCUGUGCAGUAGUUGCUGUGGAGAGCCUGAAUGAUGCUGAAAAAUUGCUGGCCACACAAGCAAGUCUUGUUCAUUGUCAAAGCAGACUAUUGAUGACAAUGAGGAACGACAGAAAGCAUACUAGUGCUCCGUUCUUCUUAAGUGUUACGCAAGGCAUAGACAUCUUGUGCUUUCUUCCUGAUGAGAAGUAUGGAUGCUACGAACCCUCUGGAGCCAUCAAGCACUUCGGAAACAUAAACAGAAACCCAGAGAGAAGCAACUGGAAGCAGAUGGCACCGAAAAUUUUGAAUUUUGAAAGGUUUUGUAAUGUUACUGAUGGGAGUUGGAACUGGGUUCCUGUUCCACGGAGUCUAAGAACGAACACCAAGGAGGCCAAAGCUGAUGAGAACUGUAGAUAUAAUGAAGAAUCUCCCCAAAGAAGGUCCAUCAAAAAUGUGCCACUCUGCACUAACUCCUUUGAGUUGAUGAAGGGCUUGGUUCAGCCUAGAAUCAAAGUUGGUAAUGAUGUUACCAGAAGUCAAAAUAUAGAAGAGGUAAUCUCUACUCUUGAUGCCUUGUCAAUAUGUGAAAGGAUGUUUAAGUGGCUGGUGGCACAUACCAACAAGGCCCUGGAUGCCAAGCUGUCAAGGCUCUUCUUCACUGCCAUUCUCAACACCAAUUUUGAAGUUCUUGACUAUAAUAACUGUGAACAACUUUGAAUUAAUUUUAAUAAAAAACUACAACAGCUCUUCCUUCAGCACAUAUUUAUUCUGGAGCAAGAGGAACACAGGGAAGAAGGCAUUGGCUGGGCAUCCAUUGACUUUGGUCUGGAUUUGCAAGCCUGCAGAGAUCUUAUUGAAAAGCCCAUGGGCCUCCUCUUCAUCCUCAAAGAAGAAUGCAUGUUUCCUAAAGCUACAGACAUGACUUUCAGGAACAAACUCUUUGAUAACCAUUUUGGACAGUUGACUUAUUUCUGGAAGCCCAAGUCUGAUAAGAAGAGGAACUAUAAAGUUCACUUUGAACUUGUCCAUUCUGCAGAAAUGGUGCCUUAAAACGUCAGCGGUUGGCUUGAAAAGAACAAAGACCUUAAUGAAACAGCAGUGGCAGCAUUUCAGAAGUCUUCCAACAGACUUCUGGAGCGAGAGACCCUGGCAAAUGUUGAAGAGCAGUGCGAGUCCCUGAUUAAAUCCCAGAUCCAGCUGGAGGCCAGAGUCGAGGAGCUGUGGGUGGAGGAAGAAGAGGAGAUAAAUUCUACACUGACUGCCAGGGGGCGGAAACUCGAAGAUGAAUGUUCUGAGUUGAAGAAAGAAAUCGAUGACCUGGAAACAAUAUUAGCGAAGUCAGACAAGGAGAAGCGUGCUUCAGAGAGCAAGGUCAAAAACUUGACUGAGAGUAGAAUCUCUAAUGAGGAAAUCAGCAAACUUAACUGAGCGACCAAGACCAUGCAGAAAGCUCAUUAGCAGACCCAACAGUGUCUGCAUACAGAGGAGGAGAAACAGAGCAACUUGAGCAAAGCAAGUUUGAACCUGGGACACCAUGUUGAUGAGCUGGAGGGUGCCCUUGAGAGGAAAGCAAGAAUGAACUGUGAAAGGGAAAAGCACAAACUAGAGAAUGAUUUAAAGGUGAACCAGGAAACUGUGGAGAAUCUGGAGAGCAGCCAACAGUAGCUAGCAGAGUAGCUCAGGAAGUAAAAAGAAAUAUAAAUGAGUAAGAUGAAUUCACAGGUAGAGAAUGAGAAAGAACUGGUGUGGCAAGCACAGAGCAUGACCAAUGAUAUACAAUCAGUACACGUACACAGGAUUUGAAAGAGGCUAGAAGUUGGAAGAACCAAUUGAGCCAAAGUUGAAAAGGAGAAUGCUCUGACCUCCCUUAGACUUAACCAGAAACUGGAGGAAGCAGGAGGGUCCGGUUUGGCUCUGCUGGAAGUGACCAAGAAACAGGAAACAAGAAUUCAGAAGCUUCACCAAGACAGAGAGGAGGCCACACUUUGAGGUGAUGUCAGCCUUUUUUGAAGGAGACAUGUAGAUAGUCAACCUGAACUCAAGGACCAGGAAGAAAACCUACAGCAUAUCAAGCAGAAGCUGGAAAAGAGUGACUUGUAACUAAAAGUAGAUGACCUCCUGACCCUUGUUGAGCAGAUGACUAGAGCUACUCCUGAGCCCUCCUAUGGACUUCUAAGCAUGGAAAUAGGUGGACUGACCACCCACAGGCUAAUGCUGAGAGACUCUAGUCUAUAUGAAGAGCGCUUGAAUGAAGCAAAUGCAAAACCAGUUGAAGCAACCCAGUUGGCAAACGACUUGAUAGCACAGAAGACAAAGCUACAGAGUGAGAGAGUCUCAAGUCCCUUGGCCCAUGUGCUACGAACUAGGCAUGACUGUGACCUUCUCAAGGAAGAACCAGAGGUCACAGCUGAACUGCACUGGACCCUAUCCAAAGACAAUGCUAAAGUGGUCUUUGGACCACUUUUGGACCAGUGGAGAAAGAAUUAUGAACAUGAUGUCACCCAGAGAACUGAAGAGUUGGAGGAUGCUAAGAAGAAGCUGGCAAUCAGCUUACAGGAGGCUGCUGAAGCCAUACAGGUGGUCAAUGCCAAGAAUGCCUCCCUGAAAAGAGAGCACCAACUGCUGCUUGAGCUGGAUAUGACCUCUCUGAGCUUGGGAAGGCCUGCUCUGCAGUAGGCCCUUGUUGACUGGAAGUAGAGGCACGAGGAGUCCCAGGCAUUACUGAAUGCCUCUCAGAAAGAGGCCCGAGCUCUCAAUGAGAUCCUCAAGCUCAAGUACACUUGUGAAGGGAGCACUGAGGGCCAGGAGACAUUGAGGGAAAACAAGAACCUGCAAGAACAGAUUUCUAGCCUGACAAACCAGGACAGAAAAGGGACCCAGACUUUCACUGAAAUGCAAAAUGUCAAGAAACUGAUUGGAUAAGAGAAGAUGAAACCCAGGUGACACUGUAAGAAAACACAGGGACCUCUGGAAAAUAAUAUGGAAAGAAAGAUUCUUCAUUUCCAGUGUGAACUCAUGGAAGCUAAAGCAGAAUGAAAGUUUUCAGAGAAAGAGGAAGAAAUAGAAAGUUUUAGGCAGAAACAGCAGUAUGCUAUUGACUCCCUGCAGUCUAGUCUGAAUUCUGAAGCUAGGAGCAGACUUGGGGCUACCAGGCUGAGGAAGAGGAUGGAAAGGGACCUGAUGGAGAUGGAAUGCCAGCUUCACUGUGCCAACUGGCAAGUGUCUGAGGCAACCAAAUACCUGGGACGGCUUCAGAGUCAAAUGAAGGACCUUCAAGUACAACUGAAUGACAGUACACUGAGCAAUGAUCUGAAGGAACAAGUGACUGUAACUGAGCAGCACAAUUCUCUUCUUCAGUCUGAACUAAAGGAACUAAGAUCCUUGCAAGAGCAGAGAGAGUAUGGGCUCAGGCUAGUAGAGAAAGCUCCUGUAAAUCACAGAAAAAAUAUCAGUCUUUUCCACACCCAGAACACAAACCUCCUCAGCCAGAAGAAAAAACUGGAGGCUGAUGUUGCUCAGAUUCAGAAAGAAGCAGAAAAGAUGAUGCAGAUGUGUCAAAAUGCAGAAGAGAAGGUCAGGAAGGCAGCCACUGAGGUUCAUGAAUCAAAAGGUGAACUGGAAGGCCAGCUCCAUCGCAACAGAGAGACCCACAGGGAAGCUCACAGACUGGAGUGCCGCAUCAGAAAGCUGACCUAUCAGGCACCCACUUUCACAGCUCCUGUGACAGUACUAACACAGGAUCUGUGGGUCUUGAUUUUGAUUCCUGAAGCUGAGUUGUUAGAGACGUCAAAGUCUUCCUCCCCUGCAGCUGGAAGCACAGUGUUGAUAAGAAAGCAGAGCACUUCAGACACAUCAUCUUGGACUAAUUAA